GAAGGAGGAGGAGGCGGUGGCCGCCCUCUGCCUUCGGGCAACGCAUGCGCUCCGCCGCUCCCGGGGCUUUACCAGCGUCACCACCACCGUGGACGGACUUCCCCGGGCCGGGGCGGUGCCCGAGGGGGCUCCGCUCCCCCUGAGCCCCGUGGCCGGGCGCCCCAUAUAGGCUGGGGCGCGCAGCCCGGCCGCCUGCUGCGAGGGGCUCGAGCGGAGGCCGUUUUGUUCCACCCAAAAGUGUUCAUUGAGGCUAUAGACAUCUACAGUUUCUUCUUGUGAACAGUCAUUAUCAAAUAUGGAGACGUAGGCACCUUAGAAGGGACUUCAGUCUGAACUCUGGGAGGUAGUUCUGUGCACAAUAAAGAAACUAAAGCUUUUUUUUUUUUCCUUUGUUUGAGGUUUGUUUGUUUUAUAAAUAUGGCAUACAGAAAAAACUUAAUUUAUAGAUACAAAGCAUUAGAAUGUCCUGACACAAAGCAAUUUAUUUAUGUUAAAUGUGAUAAGUGCAUACUUGUAACUAAGGCACCAGGUUAAAACUGAAACGCUCUGUUCAGCCUGUGCUGACAGUGUUACAGACAGAAAAGCCUGGGGCUCAUUAAGGCAGUAUGUUCUUGUCAGAGGCAGUGCAUAGGAUUUAUGCAUCUCAUAGCUGAAUAUUUGAUAUACUUGAAGUUGAGUAGAAACUAACUUCUUAAGUCUUAACAAUGGCUACAACAAUAGGCAGAUGUUGAAGGUGUUUGUGGCAGUUCAGUAGUAGCAAAUAUACCAGAUCAAUCCAGUACUGUCAGUUCAGGGGCUCUUUUGAGUUUAAGAAGCUGUUACUUUCAGUUUCGUAAUGAGAGUUAAAAACUAAAAUUUUGCAUGUGUAUAGUUGUCUAGGGUGCAGUAGAUCCUAAACCACUUGACAUCAUUUUGAACUGUAACAUACUAUUUCAUUUUAUUUGAACCCCCCCUCUCCCCCCCCCCCCUAGUUUUAGUUUCUUUAUUGACAAAGGAUUUUGAUAAACCCAUCUGAGGUUUUGCCCUCUGGACCCAGCCUCUACUAGCCUGACUAAUUGGCGCUGCUCUCCCAGAUACAAAGCACAAGGAAAGCAUGUGAUGCAUGUGUAGUUCAAGGGACAGUCCUUGUCCUUUUAAACAUGCUUUCUUUAAUAGUUGAUGGGAUAGAUGAGCUUUUGUGCAAAAGCAGUUGUGUAGACACAAGAACUCAGCAAAUGUUUGAAGUCUGUUAAUCAUGUGGCUAAUUCUAUUCGUACCUGUAUUGAAAGUUGCACAUAAAUAUUUCAUUUUCAGGUUCUUACUUUUACACAGGCAGGGGUUACUCAGAAUUGCCUUUAAUGCACACAACUACCUCCCAGAGGAAGACUUGUCCCAUUUUUCCAAUAAUACUCCAUUAUGAACAUAAUGGAAAAUAGCCCUUUCUUGGCUAGCAUGAUGAAGCAGAGUGCUCUGUGUGGUGAACUGAAAUACGAUGUAUCCUGUGAACUCUACAGAAUGUCAACAUUCUCUACUUUCCCUGUUAAUGUGCCAGUGUCAGAACGGAGCCUUGCCCGGGCUGGGUUUUAUUACACUGGUGUGCAAGAUAAAGUUAAAUGCUUCAGUUGUGGCUUGGUGUUGGACAACUGGCAACCAGGAGAUAAUGCUAUGGAAAAGCACAAACAGCUGUAUCCUAGCUGCAGUUUUGUUCAGGACAUGAUUUCGGUGAACAACCUCGGGCUGUCCUCUCAUUCUGCCUUUUCACCUCUGGUCACAAGCGGUCUCUCAUCAUCUCUACAUUCCAUGACGCUUUCUCCAAGCUUUGAACAAGUUGGCUAUUUCAGUGGCUCUUUUUCCAGUUUUCCUCAAGACCCAGUAACUACUAGGGCUGUUGAAGACCUCUCACACUUAAGACCUAAGCCUCACAAUCCUUCAAUGAGUACUGAAGAAGCUAGACUACGCACUUUUCAUGCAUGGCCCCUGAUGUUUCUCUCGCCCACUGAUCUGGCAAAGGCUGGACUUUAUUACCUGGGGACAGGAGACAAAGUUGCUUGUUUCUCCUGUGGCGGUCAGUUGAGUAACUGGGAACCAAAAGAUAAUGCCUUGUCAGAGCAUCGGAGACACUUUCCUAACUGCCCUUUUGUGGAAAAUCUCACCCGAGACCAAACAAGUUUCAAUGUUUCAAAUGUGAGCAUGCAGACCCAUGAAGCACGUGUUAAAACAUUCAUAAAUUGGCCAACUAGGAUUACAGUUCAACCUGAACAGCUUGCGGAUGCUGGCUUUUACUACGUAGGUCGCAACGAUGAUGUCAAGUGUUUUUGCUGUGAUGGUGGGUUAAGGUGCUGGGAAUCUGGAGAUGAUCCAUGGAUUGAGCAUGCAAAAUGGUUUCCAAGGUGUGAGUAUCUGCUUCGUGUAAAAGGAGGAGAGUUUGUAAGCCAGAUUCAGGCCAGGUUUCCCCAUCUGCUUGAACAGCUCUUGUCAACUUCUGAUACGCCUGUAGAUGAAAACAUCGAUCCCCCAAUCAUUCGUUUUGAACCUGGAGAGAAUCAUUCAGAAGAUGCAAUCAUGAUGAACACACCUGUAGUUAAAGCUGCCUUGGAGAUGGGAUUCAGCAGACGGCUGAUAAAGCAAACAGUGCAAAGUAAAAUCUUGGCCACUGAAGAAAACUACAAGACUGUUAAUGAUCUUGUGUCUGACUUGCUCACUGCUGAAGAUGAGAAGAGGGAAGAAGAGAAAGAGAGACAGUUUGAAGAAGCGGCAUCAGAUGAUUUGACCUUAAUCCGGAAGAACCGAAUGGCUUUAUUCCAGCGUUUAACAUGCGUGCUUCCAAUCCUUGGGAGUUUACUGUCAGCUAAAGUGAUAACGGAACUCGAGCAUGACGUUAUUAAACAAAAGACUCAGACAGCAUUGCAAGCAAGGGAACUGAUAGACACAGUUCUAGUGAAAGGAAAUGCAGCAGCCAGCAUAUUCAGAAACUGUCUACGAGAUUGUGACCCUGUACUCUACAAAGAUUUAUUUGUGGAGAAGAGCAUGAAGUAUGUUCCCACAGAAGAUGUGUCAGGUUUACCUAUGGAAGAACAACUGAGGAGACUGCAAGAAGAAAGAACAUGUAAAGUUUGCAUGGACAAAGAAGUUUCCAUUGUUUUUAUUCCAUGUGGUCACCUAGUAGUCUGCAAAGAAUGUGCACCAUCCCUCAGAAAAUGCCCUAUUUGCAGGGGAACGAUAAAGGGCACAGUUCGUACUUUCCUUUCAUAAGGAAGGAAACUUGCAAAAAGUCAUCUGCCAGGCACUGAAGCUUAAGCCAGCAAAGUCUUGAGAAUGGAAAAUUGGGUUAAAGAAGAUGAUUAAUCAGCUACCUAACACUGUUGUGUAAUGAAGUAUAUCAACAUUAUGAAUAUACUGGGUCUUCCUUGCCAAAGACCAUUUCUAUUUAUAAAACUAACUCACUACUAAGGUGAUGUUUCUGUAGCUUUCCUUUCUAAGGAAAGUAACUUGAUUAGUAUGCCCUUAUCUGUUUGAAUAA